AGGUUUGGUGACGAAGCACCUUUCAUCGAUAGAACACCUAUUGAAAUCGUAAGUAGCGGAGACGUACAGGAUGUACCUUGGGUUACGGGAGUAACGAGCGAAGAGGGCCUCUAUCCUGUAGCUGAGUUUAUCAAUUAUGAUGAAAGUCUGAAACAGCUGAACGACAAUUGGGAUAUUCUCGGACCGGAUUUUCUUGACUUUAACUACACCAUUCCCAAAGAGAAGCACGUCGAGAUCGCUCGUCUUAUUAAGAAACAUUACUUUGGCGCAAAACCGAUAGAUCGACAGAGUACGAAAGAAUUGGUACAAAUGACGAGUGAUCGCUUAUUCUUGGUCGAUGCCGAAAAGGCUGUGCGAAUGCAAGCCAAAGUAAAUCAGAAUCCAGUUUGGUAUUAUUAUUUCAGUUACAGAGGAGCGAAAAGUUUA